AUGGGAGCAUUGUAUCAGCGCCUGGCGUUCCCAAGCUCGAGCGCCAGCACACUCAUCGGUUGGCAGAUACUACUCGGCUUUGCGGUCGACAGCUCGACGGCUUUCGCCUCGGCCUUCUUCUCCAAGUCGCGGGUAUCCGCCGUGUACAUCAUCUUUGUCUUUCUCGUUCUGUCCAUUGCCGCACAGAUUUACGCUUCAGAGUCCAGGCCGCAUCCUCGGCAUGCGACAGUCGCGGCGCUCUCGUUCCUAUUCCCCAGCUCCAACAGCGUGUACUUUACCCAGCAAAUGUCCUUGUGGCAGCUUGCCGGCCUUCCGGCGGACCUUGGCAAGAUGCCCGCCGAGGCGGCCGGGCUCUUCUCUACCUCGUACUCGGUCAGCCAGAGCAAUCUGUUACUCUUCCUUGGCCUCGAUAUUCUCAUCUAUGCCGCGGCUGCCAUUGGGGUCGAGAAGACUCUUCACGGCAUCCAUUACCGAAAGAGGCGGUUUACUCCACGUGUUAGGGCCCACAUGGUCACGUGUGAGGCACCAGGUUAUUGUUGCUACGCUGCCACCCUCUAG